AUGCACAAGCUCUCCUUACUGGCCGUUCUGAUCGCGGCCGUUGUUGUGGCCAAAGAGAUUCGAGUGGAAGUUGUGGUGUCCGUGGAUGAUGAGGUUUUGGAGGCCAAAACUUCCGAAGUUGGCGAAGCGUCCGAACAUGAACCUGGGAGCUUCAUAAAAGGCGGUAAGGCGGCUGGUCGAAGAACAUUUCUGUACUAGUCCGUUCGCAAAGCCGCUGGAGUGAUUUCUGCGACAUGCAUGUCGAAAAAAUAAUUCAAGCGACUUGGCGAACGGGCUCUCAGUCCGUCGGAAAAAUAGUGACGUUACCUCGCGCCUUGGAAUCGCCCAGCAUUGCUUUGAUAGGGCUAGCAGCAGCAGGAAAUAAUAAACUGCAUUACUUUUUCGACAAGGCGAAUUUUUUUUUGCUGCGACGACCCGCCAUUAUAUUCCCGACAGACUUAUACAGGGUGGUUUAGCCGAAGCUUCUACCCUUAUUUCAAGUAUUUCUCCGCCAAUAAUGCACCAAUUUCUAUACUUGGGCCUGUCAUAUUUGGUGAACAAAAAAUGGAGCACCUCAGCUUCAGUUUGAUAUAAAUUUUAUACAGUGAGGGACCUGAUCCAAUGGCAAAAAACGUCUCAUUUUGCACCCCGGAAGGGACCAAAAUGACUCCAAACCCUUCCGUUCUCUAAGCUAAAAAACUCCGCUUUGAAAAGCGCGCCUUUUCCUUCAAGGGUAUGGAGACAUUUUGGUCCCUACCGGGAUGCAAAAUGGGACGUUUUUUGCCUAUGAGAGGGUUGAUUUCCAAAAGGAUUACUCUCAAUCUGUCGGGAAAAUAAUAGAGACAAUGCCGAUACACCGCUCAAUUCGCUAGCAAUUCAUUUUCUCUGUGGACAUGCGAUUUUCCAUGCGAAAAAAGUUCAUUAUUUUCCCGACAGACUGAUAGUACGUAAAAAAAUUUAUAAAUCGCUGUAGGCGGAAAGCACCACGGUGGUGGCGGAAAACACCCCGGUGGCGGGGGAAAGCACCCCGGUGGCGGCGGCGGACACAAACCAAAGACGAGGAAGCCUCGACCGACCAGGCCCCACCCCACCAGACCCCGACCGACCAGACCUCCCAAGCCGACGCAAGCACCAGUUCCCAAGCCUACGAAGCCACCCCUUCCCAAGAGAAUAAUGUGCUCCCUAUGCAAGGGAGUGAUAAACGCUGCAUCGCAUGUUAUUCAGGACCCCAGUGGGAUCACAAAGGAGGCUCUGCAGACCAUUUUGACCGUAAGACUUUUGAUUUUUUUUUGUGCACAAAGUUUUUCGAGCCAUUUGCGCAAUUUUUCUUGUAUUUUUUUCGCUCUGUCGGGAAAAUAAUGAGGAAAAUUUCCAUGCGCCAGCCGCGUCGCUAAAGUAAAAAAAAUGAUUUUUCCGCAACACAAUUCAUUUUCUCAGCGGCGAUGCGACUUUCGACACAACAGAGUGCUCAUUAUUUUCCCGACAGACUGAUAAGAUUACGUUUUUUAGGAAAAGUGCAAGGAAGAGGCUGAAAUUGGAGAUGUUAUGUGCGAUACGAUCAUCCCGACCGUGCUUGACGUCGCCUUCGAAACGCUGCGUCAGACAGGAGGGCUUGACGGUGCUGCAAUCUGCGCCAGAAUCAACAUUUGCCCUGUUUCACCAUUUGAGUUCUUUUUCAAUUAA